UCCUGCAUAUGAGAAUGCGUAUAGCCUAUGCCAUUUUAUGGUUUUAAAAUACUUUGAAUCACCGUUGUAGCCUAAGAACCUUUCCCUCACCUUUGUAAUUAAUCGCAAGCAUGCUGUCAUGUCACUGGCUGUGCCGAUCUAACAGUCUGUUGUUUUCAGCGUUUCGCCACAUUGGGUGACUGCUCUAGGCUGCCUCGGGUCGCACCACGAUCGAGCAUCUCGGCGGCUGCGCUCACAUCCUCAGUCGGCAUGAGAGGAAGGACACCGCGGCUGCGGAGAACCGACUGCGCCGCGAUAAUUACGAGCAGAUUUCUACCAAUGUAGUCAAUAGCGCCGGGAUCCGGGUUGUUUGUUUAAAUUAACACGGGGCAGACAACGUGGCUGGAAAGGGAGUCUGCAAAGACGUCAGACUAUCUAGUGAACUGCCUACAUAGACAGCUUUUUUGGACAUCACACCGCGUUCGUGCGCGCUCCGGGCAGCAUUCAUUCACUGUCGCUGUCCACACACACAUGUACAGUAUGUGUGAACGUGCGGAGAAGUUGAAGAUGCCACUCUGAAUCGUUUGGGCGCUUGGAUCGACGAUAACAAGCCCUUUUCUAUGGAUCCACUGAUCGUCAACAUCUCAAACCGCAAGGCUCCUUCCUACAAGCACAUCUGAGUCCUGCAAGCAGACUCUCCCCGCUCUCCAUCUCACAGCAAAUACAGCGAGCAGAUAAGAGAUCACACCGGCAGUGUUUUCAUCAUGAGACUGGUGUUGAAGUAUCUGGACAAGAUGAGGUGCUUCCGGAAACGUUCCACCAUUCCUUUUCUGGUGGCUCUCAUUACCUUCCUGCUCUUCAUAAACCUCUACAUCGAGGAUGGCUAUGUGCUGGAGGAAGACAAACGCCAAUUACGAGAAACCUCAAUGCAUCCUCUGAACUCAGAGCGAUAUGUUCAUACUUUUAAAGAUAUCACCAAUUUUUCUGGAACAAUCAAUGUGACUUAUCGGUACCUCGCUGGAACACCUUUGCCUCGAAAGAAGUAUCUCACUAUUGGAUUGUCAUCUGUAAAAAGAAAACGAGGAAACUACUUGCUGGAAACCAUCAAGUCUAUUUUUGAUCAGUCAAGUUACGAGGAGCUCAAAGAAAUCAUUGUGGUUGUCCACUUGGCAGACUUUGACCUGGCAUGGUGUGAGAGCCUAGUUCAGGAAAUCUCCAGAAAGUUCGGCCAUCAUAUCAUUGCAGGACGUCUUCUAGUUAUCCAUGCACCCGAGGAGUACUACCCGUCCCUGGAUGGGCUGAAGAGAAAUUACAAUGAUCCAGAAGACAGAGUACGCUUCCGUUCCAAACAGAAUGUAGAUUACGCUUUCCUGCUUAACUUCUGCACCAACCUGUCAGACUUCUACAUGAUGUUGGAGGAUGAUGUGCGCUGUUCUCGAAACUUCCUCACUGCCCUGAAGAAAGUGGUGGCAUCUAGAGAGGGAUCAUAUUGGGUGAUGCUGGAAUUCUCCAAACUGGGCUACAUAGGGAAGCUGUACCACUCACGAGACCUUCCCAGACUUGCCCAUUUCCUGCUCAUGUUCUAUCAGGAGAUGCCUUGCGAUUGGCUUCUUAUCCAUUUCCGAGGCCUACUGGCCCAGAAGGAUGCGAUUCGUUUCAAGCCUUCCCUUUUCCAGCACAUGGGCUACUAUUCCUCCUAUAAGGGGGCAGAAAACAAACUUAAGGAUGAUGACUUUGAGGAAGACUCCCUUGAUAUCCCAGACAACCCACCUGCCAGUUUGUAUACAAACAUAAAUGUAUUUGAGAGCUAUGAUGCUGCCAAAGCUUACAGUAGCGUGGAUGAGUACUUCUGGGGCAAAGCUCCGUCCACUGGGGACUUUUAUGUAAUAGUGUUCAACAAGGCAACAAAAAUCAGCAAAAUCAAGAUCAUCACGGGAACAGAUGAUCGGCAGAAUGAUAUUUUGCAUCACGGAGCUCUGGAAGUGGGGGAGAAAUUAGUAGGAACCAAAAAGGGAAGGCAGUGCUCCUCCUAUAUAACUUUAGGGGAGUUUAAAAAUGGAAACAUUGAGGUUCAUGAUGUGGACCACAAGAUAGCGUUUGAUAUUGAGUGUGUUCGUAUUGUGGUAACGGCAAGUCAGAAAGAAUGGCUUAUCAUUAGAAGCAUAAGCCUCUGGACUACACAAGGUGCCAGUCAAUGAGAACUUUUUUGAACCGUAGCUAAAGGCACAAGUAUCUGUUUAUUUAUCUAUUUAUUUAUUUCUGCAAUUCUAAAUUAUUUAUUCACCUGAGAAAUCUUUAUUUAUUCAAAUCUAUUCAUUUAUUCAGACUAAUUUAAGAUUUCACACAUCUGCGGCAUUUCAGCCAAUUCUGACAUCAACUAUUUAGACAAUUUUUUUUUAAUAUAUAAAGACAUUUAGAGUACAUAUUUGUGUACCCUCUUUUCCAUUAUUAUUACAUAAUGUGUACUCCUCAGCAAAAAAAAAAAAAAAAAGCUCUGAGAAGCUACACUGUUUUGACUGUCCUUUGUCCAAGGUAUACACUGUACAAUAAUGUAAGGUUUAGUUUUCAUUUUGCCCUUUUAGAUUCAACCCAGACCCAUUUAUGUGUAAAAUUACAUACAUAUAUGUAUGUAUAUAUACACACACAUGCAGAUUUUUGCUUGAAGCAGAGGUUUUGGUUUCUGUUUUGGUUUGUGCUUAAAAAGAAAAAAGAGAAGCAUUUGCCAGUGAAGUUAGAAAAAUAAACUUCAUUACUUCAGUAAACUUCUAAAUCAAAAAGUUCAUGAAAAACAACUCUUAAAAUCUUGCAUAAUUUUGCUUUAAGUAAAUGUGUCCUGUUUUAAAAAAUGUUUGUAUACAUACUAAGAAAUUAUUUUUCACAGUGUAGCUGUUUUCCAUAUUUUAACAGACAGACAUUCUAUUCUAAGUCAUUGAAAAAGUUGCUUAAGCAGAAUUGUAAGCACUUAAUAUUCGGGUUAAGUUGAUAUUUAAUUAAUUUUUUGUUUGUUUGUUUGUUUGCUCUUUUCUUCUAUACCUCUAAAUAUUUGCUUAUCCUGCUCUCCUUUCUGCCAACACAGGGUCAAUAUUGCCUUGAAUAUACAAUGUAUUGUGGCAUGAAUCUACUCAGCAACAUUUCAUACCAUCUCCCCACUGAAUGAUAACAAAAAAUGUUAUUCAAUCAACCUUGGGCCAAAAGGGUCUCUUUAGUGUAGUUCCGUUUUGUUUGUGCAUUUCUUCAGAGGCAUGGAUUGGAACAGUGUGGCUAUUCGCCCAUCUUCUGAAGUGUUGUGAUUGGACAGUACAGUGACAAAUGAGGUAAACCUCCUUCCCCUUUUCAGUAUUUUCCUCCUAUCUUUUGCUCAGUGCAAUUUUACCAGGGUAAAUUGGAUUUUGUUUGGCUCAUUCCCCCAUAAAAUUACACCAGCAACAACCACCCUAGUGCAGACCGUUCUCGGAGCAAACCUCUGGCUGGUAUUGUUCGCCGCUCCAUUGAAAUGCAGUUUUGUGUUUUUGUGUGAGUGUAUGCACUAUAGACCAUAUCUGUCACUACUUUACUCUUUGUUUACCCAAAUGACUCUGUCACAAGAUGUUUUGAAAGACAUUAAAACUUGGUUUCGCAACCAUCUAAUUACUCCUUUAGACUGAACAUGUCACAUGAAAAAUGCAAUAAUAAGACAACUGUUUACAUGACUCUGUAAUGUUGCAGAAUGUGUUUAUCGGCAGAUUUUCUUUCUUUAUUAUAAGACAAGGCUUUUUUUCCAUUGAAAACAACACAUUUAUCAUGUUGUCAUAAUACUGCAUACUUCAAACGUGUGUAGUAGUUAUUUUAGUAUCAUAAAAAUACUUUGCAUGAUCUUUGCAGUUGUCUUUAACAACACGUAAGAUACAAAAUUGACGUUGCAUUAAGAGGUGCUUUGCACCGACAUGUGUUAAAAGUUAACUUUGCCAUAGUUAUCAAGAAGCCAUUACUAGCACUUUUUCUCAGGCUAGAAAUGUGUUACAUUGCUGUAUACAUUAAUUUUCAUCCCAGGUCAGAACUGAGUUCUUUCCUUGUCAGUUUAUUUUAAGAUUCAGUUUAUUGGAAGUGAAUACCUCUUGCCCAGUUGUAUUUGUGAAUGGUCUUUUGGAUGCAUUUCAGAGUUCUAUGGCUAUUUAAUGUCACAGUAUGUUUUUCAAUAGUUUUGUAAUGCUUUCUUGUGAGCAAAGCACAGGUCCUUUUUUCAAACAGCCAGCUAAAUUUUAGGGCUGGCGGUGUAAUAAAAUGUUACAAAUGAAAAUAUUGGAAGGUUUUGUCUUCCUAAUAAAACAACUGACUAAAUAAUUGUUCAUGCAUGAGCUAAGAAAGAAUGCCGCAGUGUUAGUACGCCUGUCGGUUUUAGGCUUUAUGACUUGUUUUCAAGUGUCUACUCUGAACUUGACUGGCAUUGUACUGUACUUGAUUUGUAAUUUUACUGUACUAAAUCUACAUUUACAGCAAUGGACAUCUCACAUAUUGUGCUGCAUAGGUGAAGAGAAUGUGUUAUGAUGUAGAGUUCUGUUGUAUUUCUCCCACACUGUUUGUCACAUGGUACUGUAACUAUAUUGUAAAAUGACAUAUAUUUUUUUACAUUUAUCAUUAGAACUGUUUGCCUUGUAUAUUGUACCUAAAUAUACAUUGACUCAAGUGCUGAGUUGACAAAAA